CAUGGCGGCCCGGUGGCGGCUCGGCGGCGGGGCCUCCGGCGCGCUCGGGCGGCGUCUCUGGUGCUCGCGAGCCCGGGACCCCGCGGGGCCGCCCCCGCCCGCGGUGGAGGACGUGGCGGAGCUGCUGAGGGACGCCACGCUGGGCCCGGGCUCCAAGGCGGGGGCCCGCCCCCGGCGGAGCCCCGGGACCACCUCGGUGCUGCUCUUCCCGGGCCAGGGCAGCCAAAGCGUCGGCAUGGGGCGCUCGCUGCUCCGCUACCCGAGCGUGCGCGCGCUCUACGAAUGCGCCGCGCGCGUGCUGGGCUACGACCUGCUGGAGCUGAGCCUGCGCGGGCCGCGCGAGGAGCUGGAUCGCACCGUGCACUGCCAGCCCGCGCUCUACGUGGUCUCGCUCGCCGCCCUGGAGGCGCUUCGGCACCGGCGGCCCGAGGUUAUUGAGAAUUGUGUUGCUGCAGCUGGAUUCAGCGUGGGAGAGUUUGCAGCCCUUGUCUUUGCCGGUGCCUUAGAAUUUGAAGAAGGGUUGCAUGCUGUCAAAGUCCGCGCUGAGGCCAUGCAGGAAGCCUCCACGGCUGUGCCUAGCGGGAUGCUGUCAGUCCUCGGGAAGCCCCAGACCCAGUAUAAGCGGGCAUGCUUGGAUGCCCGAGAACAUUGCCAGACCCUGGGCAUCAAGCAGCCCGUCUGCGAGGUGGCCAACUAUCUGUUUCCCGAUUGCAGAGUGAUUUCCGGGCAUCUCCAGGCCCUGCAGUUCCUACAGGAGAAUUCCUCCAGGUACCACUUCAGGAGGACCAAGAUGCUGCCGGUCAGCGGAGCGUUCCACACACAGCUCAUGGAGCCCGCUUUGGAGCCGCUGGCCCAAGUCUUAAAGAAGAUAGACAUAAAGAAGCCUUUGGUUUCCGUCUAUUCUAAUGUGGAUGGCAAUAAGUACAUGCACGCCAACCACAUCCAGAAGCUGCUGGUGAAGCAGGUCGUGUGUCCCGUGAAGUGGGAGCAGAUCAUGCACGCCAUCUUUGAACGGAAGAAGGGGACGGACUUCCCGCAGACCAUUGAAGUGGGGCCUGGGAAGCAGCUGGGGGCCAUGCUCAAGAACUGUAACCUCAAGGCUUGGAAGGCCUACAGUCACGUGGAAGUGACGGAGGAAGAGGAGCAGGAUGAGGAGCCCCUGGCCGGCUAAGCCAAGCCACCUGUCACCGUUGGGAUUGGUUGGAAGGGCAGGGCCAGGAUUGGGCUGCUGUUGUGUCAGGGGGGCUGGGGCCACCCCGCGGCCUCUGUCGGAGGGAGUCUCCCUCCCUCCCGAGUCCGCUGUCUGGAUCAGCUUUGGGCUGGCAGACCUCAAAGAGAUGUAAAAAUAGAACGUGUUCUGAGCCCAUCA